AUGCCUACAACAGGGGUGAAUAUCCCGGAAUCAAACUGCACCGUUGAUGUCCGCGUGAUUGACACCGGUACCUUGCUUCACCUCAACCCUGAGCUUUUCUGGCGGCCGAAAAUCGAUGGCUUCGAAGGUCUAGAUGCGCCUAUCUAUUGUUUCCUGGUUUCAAAUCCUCGCACUGGUCAGCAUGUGCUGUUCGAUCUCGGCGUUCGUCCGGACUGGCACAAUUAUGCGCCGAAAACGGCUGCACUGAUCGAAGCUACCACCACUAUAACACCAGGAUCUGACGUGGCCGGAGUGCUAGAUUCCGAAAAUAGCGUGGGAAUUCGUAGCACAGAUAUCCAUGGCGUGAUUUGGUCCCAUAAUCACUUUGAUCACAUCGGCGAUAUUACACGGUUUCCCUCAACAACCGAGCUGAUUGUCGGUCCCGGAGUGCGGGAAACAACUUGGCCAGGAUAUCCAACAUGUCCUACCGCAAUCGUGCUAGAUGCAGAUGCAGAGGGAAGGGUCGUGCGUGAAAUCGAUUUUACGGAUGCAAAAAUCAAAGUAGGAAGGUUUGACGCCUUCGACUUUUUCGGAGACGGGUCGUUCUACCUCCUUGAUGCGCCCGGUCAUGCUGUUGGUCAUCUUUGCGCUCUCGCAAGGACUGAUGUAACUGGCGGCUCACAUGACAAGAUUGAAUCAUCAUUUGUAUUCAUGGGCGCUGAUGCAUGCCAUCACAUGGGAGUUCUAAGACCAAGUGAGUAUCAUCCACUACCGUCCAAUAACUCGCUACAAAAUAUCUUGUCUGCCGAUGGGGCAUUGUCUGGGUUCUGUCCGGGAUUACUCGAGACGCAUCUGAAGGGGAAUCAUGCAGCACCCUUUUUCGAGUUGAAUGCUCCAGGGCCUAUUUUCCCCGAUGGACCACUAUCAUUUGCCACUGUCCACAAGAUACAAGAGCUCGACGCUUUAGACAACGUGCUCAUCAUUUUGGCUCAUGAUUUGUCUCUACAAACGCAAAUACCGCUUUUCCCUCAGAAGAUAAAUGGUUGGAAGGGUUCAAGUUUGAAGGCAGACUCGCGUUGGCUUUUUUGUAAAGAUUUUCUCUAG